AUUAAUCGAAUCGACUGAUGUUACGCCAUGGUCGAGAAUCGAUUCGCGCCACCGUCGAGUAUCGUCGCACACUCACGUCCAUCCGUCCAUCCUUCUACGACUCGCUUCGCGUCAAAGUCGAGUGUGUGUUGAUAUUUUUAUUUUGAUCACGAUUAGCUGUGCAAAUUUAACGCAACACGGGCGGAAUAAUCGCGAUUCGUUCGCAAGGAGAAACGAGAUCCGUUAGGAGUAAGCGACGUGGUGUUAUGGUUUGAUUGCCUCCGCGUUUGUUUUCCGUCAAACGAUGGAUAUUCCUACUCCAACUAGCCUCAAUCACAGCGGGCUCACGCACGGUACGGAUGGAUUCUUGAACAUUCCCAUCGGAUCGUCCGCUUUGGACGCUCUGUCGACGAAACGGAGAAGCUCUUCGCGCACGAUAAAACGCAAGAAGUUCGACGAUGAGGUGGUGGAGACGACGUUUAACCUGCAACCGCCCACCACAAGCGCCAAGUCAACGUCGAAAUCACGAACAAUCUCUGUAACCACCAGUCCUAUGGAUGUCUUACCAACACAGACGGUACCUACUCCAAUACCAAUUCCGACCACCCUAGUGCAGUCAGACAGAUGUAAUCGCAGACCCAGUCGGCCGAGCGGUUCAAAUCUCGGACGGAAGAAUAAAAAGAGUAAAAAUCAUUCCCAUUCCAUCAACGCUACCAAAGACUUAGGACGAUGGAAACCUGCUGACGACUUGGCGUUGAUUACUGGCGUACAACAAACAAAUGAUUUGAGGAUGGUUCAUCGAGGUACAAAAUUUUCCUGCCGCUUCACGCUACAGGAAAUACAACAAAGAUGGUACGCAUUGUUGUAUGAUAGUGCUGUCUCACGCGUAGCUGUUCAAGCCAUGCGUAAUUUACAUCCCGAACUAAUAGCCAGUGUUCAAGCAAGAACAUUAUAUAGCAAGGCUGAAGAGGAUCUGUUGGGGACUAUUAAAUCAACAUCCCAACCAACAUUGGAAGUAUUUCAAGAAUUGCUCGAAGCAAAUGCACAUACAUUUUAUCCAGCUAGGACUGCAAAAGCGUUACACAGUCAUUGGCAGUUGAUGAAACAGUAUCACCUACUACCAGAUCAGACAGUGCAGAGUUUACCACGUGGUGAACAUGUGUUGAGUUUUUCGGACGCCGAGGAUAUGAUCAACGAUGCCGAAUUAAUGGAACCGAAAGACGAAUUGAUAGACGCUGAAUUGGCAACGGCAGACAGAAAGAAUAAGAGAGAAAUUAAAGUAUUGGAAAAUGAGCUUGGCAGAUGGCAGGUGCUUGUCGACAGUGUAGUAGGCGUCAAUCCUCCAGAAUUUGAUAAUCAAACUUUAGCAAUUCUAAGAGGAAGACUCGUCCGAUACCUCAUGAGGUCUAGAGAGAUAAGUGUGGGACGUUCUACGAAAGAUCAUACUGUCGACGUGGAUCUUAGCUUGGAAGGACCAGCAUGGAAAGUUUCGCGUCGGCAAGGUACUAUCCGUUUAAGGAACAAUGGAGACUUUUUUCUGUCAUCCGAAGGAAAGCGGCCAAUUUUUGUAGACAGCAGACCAAUUUUGGCUGGCAACAAGAUGAAAUUAAACAAUAAUAGUGUAAUUGAGAUUGCAGGAUUGAGAUUUAUAUUUUUAAUAAACCAAGAACUCAUCUCUGUGAUACGACAAGAAGCUGUCAAGUUAAAUUUAACCCCUUGAAGGUUGUAAAAAGAAAUGUGAGACAAUAAUCGAGUGUCAUAGUUAAUAAUAAUCAGUAAAAUGCUUUUCUUACACAUAAUCUAUUUUUUAUUUGAAAAUAGAAAAUAUGUAUUUUGCGAUGUAUAAAGGUUUAUUCACAUAUUAAUAACUAUUAUAAUUAACUUAUAUAUUUCUUAAUUUUUAAAGGAAUUUUUUAGUAAGAAAAACUAAUUAUUUUUAAAGCUCAUCAAUCAAAUUCUACAACAUUGUUUAUUUCAUUUUAAGGAUAUAGUAAUUUAAGCAUACCCAUGUAUAUUCUUUCUGUAUGAUAGAUUUCGCUAUUUUUGUGCAAAUAAUGAUCUGAAGCUAGCUAAUAAAUUAGGUUACAAAUAUCUUUGUCCGAUUGUAAGUUUACAAACGAGCAAUAAUAAUGCGUUAAGUUACUGUACAUAAACUUUUAAUAUAAUUUGUAAAUUAUUACAUAUAGCGUCUGUAUUCCUAUAAUAAACAAUUGUGAAAAAUUA